UGGUCACAUGUCCAAAGAGCUUAGAGCAAUCAUCUUGAGGUCUUGAAGAUUCCCAAGAGAGUAAGCAUUUAUUUUAGAGACAAUCUGACUACAGGAUGACGAACAACGGGGAUAUGUACAAAGAGCUUCUCACAGCAUGUUGAAGCCAGUUUGACAUCUGAUUUUAGAAGCCCUUCAUUUUGGCUACCUUUAAGAACUCUCCUUCUCUGGCUUGCAGAUUUCAGCUUCCUGCUCCAAUGUUGGCUCUGAUGUUGCUCCUUUGACUACAGUAUCACCAGCAGCUUCAGGUGAGCAGCUGAAUCCAGCAAGUGAAGAUCCAGGCAUGGUGGCUGGGCUAGGCCAAAGUAAAGUCAAAAUGGAAAGACCAUUCCUUCAAAAACCAGCAGCACAAAUGUAAAGGGAUUAUUUUUUCCUAUAUGUAACUCUGAGGCCUGGGGCCAACAGAAUGAGCUCAGAGAGCCUCCUCCCUUCUCAACAGCUUAGGCUCAUUUUCAUUGGACUUUGUCUACUGUCUUUGGUAGAGACAUAUGGGUUCCGCAAAUGCACACAGUAUGAAUUAAACAUUCGCCACGUGUUCUGCAUUCGGAAGGAGAUCACCAACUUGACAGAUGCCAUUGGUGACAUCCCUAGAUACACUACUCACCUCAAUCUGACACAAAACCAAAUUCAGGUCCUUCCUCCCCAUAGCUUUGCUAAUUUGUCUGCCCUGGUGGACUUGCGCCUGGAAUGGAAUUUAAUUUGGAAGAUUGAUAAGGGUGCCUUUAAGGAACUUGGAAACCUGACCUUUCUGAAUUUAGUAGAAAAUAAGAUUGAAAGUGUGAACAACUCCUUUGAGGGCCUGUCCAACUUGGAGACUUUGCUCCUGAGCCAUAAUUUUAUUACUUAUAUUCACAAAACUGCCUUUGUACCUCUUGUCAAAUUGAAACAUUUAAGCCUGUCUCGAAACCGUAUCACCAAUUUUUCCAAUGUUCUUGAAGCAGUCCAGCAUCUUCCAUGCCUGGAAUACCUUGACCUUACUAAUAACAGUAUCAUAUCCUUGGACCAUAACCCAAGGUCAUUGGUCUCCCUGACCCAUCUCAGCCUUCAGGGAAACAAACUAAAGGAAUUAAAUUUCUCUGCUUUGUCACUGCCUAAUCUGACCACUCUGGAUGUCUCUCAGAAUAGACACCAAGUCAUCCAGAAUGUGGAUCUGGAAACUCUACCCCAACUGAGGAGCUUGAAUCUGAGUGGAACACUGGUGAAACUGGAGAUGCUUCUAGCCAAGUACCUGAAGAAUCUAAGAGAAAUGGACAUCACUAAGCUGGACCUUAGAGGUGGUCACUUAAACUUGAAUACAGUAUGUUGCCUCCUGAAAAACUUACCCACACUAGAAGCAUUAGUUUUUCAGAAAAAUGCCAUGGAUGCAGGGGACAUAAAGCAUCUUGCCAAUUGCACCAGGCUUUUGUCCCUUGACCUGAGCCAAAACAGUGAUCUGGUUCAUCUCAAUGACAAUGAAUUUGUUGCUAUGCCCAGCCUCCAAAGUCUGCAUCUUAACAAGUGCCAGCUUUCCUUCGUCAGCAACAAGACUUGGAGUUCCCUCCAGAAUUUGACAGCCCUAUAUCUGAGCCAUAACAAGUUUAAAAGCUUUCCGGAUUUUGCAUUUUCACCCCUGAAAGGCCUACAAUCUCUGUUUCUCUCUAAAAACCCCAUCACAGAACUCAAUCAUAUGGCCUUCCAUGGGCUAGAUUUGUUGAAGGAGCUCAACUUAGCUGAGUGCUGGAUAGUAAUGAUUGACAGUUCAUCCUUUGUUCACUUUACAAAUUUAGAGAGCUUAGAUCUUAGACUUAACAAUAUUCAUACUCUGAAGCAGAGAACCUUUCAAUUUAUGAAAAAGCUCAAAGUUCUGAUUCUUUCCAGGAACCGCCUAGAAGUUAUAGAGGAGAAUGCAUUUUUUGGUCUCACUCACCUAUAUUAUCUUGAUCUGGCAUACAAUAGCUUGUCAGGUUUUCAUUUAAAACUUUUCUUGGGCCUUGAAAAUUUAGAAGUGUUGAAUCUCAGUUAUAAUAGGAUUACAUAUGAAACCACUAGGACCUUGCAAUUUCCUCCAUUCAAGAACCUCAAGUCUUUGAAACAACUCAGCCUUGAAGGACAAAAUCAUGGGAUUCAGGUUGUUCCAACCAACUUCUUCCAAGGGCUGAAUUGCUUGCAGGAACUAUUCCUAGGAAAAAAUUCCAUGAUAUUCCUGGAUCACCUCCAAUUUGACCCCCUGGUUAAUCUCACAAAAUUGGAUAUCUCCGGAACAAAAGCUGGGGACCGAAGUCUCUAUUUAAAUACUUCCUUAUUCCAAAAACUCAAAAGACUAAAGAUGUUGCGCCUUGAAAACAACAACAUGGAGUCACUGACUCCUGGCAUGUUCUCUGGCUUAGAAAGCCUUCAGGUCUUCUCUUUAAGAUUCAACAAUCUGAAAGUCAUUAAUCAAAGUCAUUUGGAGAAUCUGAAGUCUUUGAUGUACUUUGAUCUCUAUGGGAACAAACUUCAGUGCAACUGUGACAAUAUGUGGUUCAAAAACUGGUCAAUAAACACAGCAGUUGUCCAUAUCCCCUAUCUCUGGAGCUACCCCUGUCAUCAGCCAGAUACCCAGAGUUUGUUGAUAGAUUUUGAUGAUGCCAUGUGUAAUUUUGACCUUGGAAAGAUCUACUUCUUCUCUUCCUUCAGCCUGGUCCUCACAACCAUGGUCUUCUCUUGGUUCAGUGCCAAGAUUAUUUCAUCUCUAUGGUAUGGGCUCUACAUAUUUCGAGCCUGGUACCUAGCUAAAUGGCACAGGACAGAGAAGGAAUUCAUCUAUGAUGCCUUUGUCUCUUUCACUGCCACUGAUGAGCAGUGGGUAUAUGAAGAGCUUGUUCCAGCCCUAGAAGAUGGUGGCCAGCCCAAAUUUAAGCUCUGUCUUCACCACCGGGACUUUGAACCAGGUAUGGACAUCUUUGAAAACAUCCAGAAUGCCAUUGAUACCAGCCGGAAGACUUUGUGUGUGGUCAGUAACCACUACCUCCACAGUGAAUGGUGUCGGCUUGAAGUACAACUGGCCAGUAUCAAGAUGUUCUAUGAGCAUGAGGAUGUUAUUAUCUUGAUCUUCUUGGAAGAGAUCCCAAACUAUAAGUUAUCCAGCUACCACCGACUCAGGAAACUUGUGAACAGGCAGACGUUUAUUACUUGGCCAGACAAUGUUCAUGAGAGGCCACUCUUCUGGGCUCGUAUUAGAAAUGCCUUGGGCAACAGAACUGUGGAGAAAGACAAUGCACAGCUAAUAGUGGCUGAGUGACUGAAAGUCUUAUAACUUCAAAUCCAACUGUAUAAUGUUGCCCAAGAUAUGUGUAGGGUAAGAGUCUGACUAUUCUCCAGGCAUAAGGACAUGCAUGGAUUGGUCAUGACCAUAAGACCAGGACCAUUUGAAUAAUGUUCUUCAGGCAACUGGAAGAGUGAAGGGGACUGCCUGAAGAAGCUUCAGGAACCAGGUCCCACCAUUAGGGGAUUAGAUAUCUGGAAGGAACACCUCUAUUAUCAAGGGGAAGGCUUGAAACACCAGUCACCUGAAAUUCUGGGAACCAGGAAGGCUCUGAUAUAUGCUUGAUCGUUGCUCAGUUAGUUUCUCCAAACCAGUUUCUGUUUAGAUUGAAUGGUACUCCUUUUAAGAACCUCUAACAACAGAAACACCAUCAACAGGGUUUAGUAAAAGAAAAAAAAAACUAAUAAAACAAAAAGCAAAACAUUAAAAACAACAAAAAUGUAAAAACAACAACAGCAGGAAAGUCAAGUUUGUGUCAUAUUCCCCUUUAGGGCGUAAGACUCCAGAUGCCAGCUUUUCCUCUAAGUCAGAUUGUAAGAGCUAGGAGAAUCCCAGUUUGGAUCUGUGUAUUUACUUAGUGAAAAGGAGGCUUGAUGAGGUAGCAGAGCAAUGAUGCUUGUGGAAAUUAUUCCCCAGGUGGAGCAAAGCGGCUUCAUAGAGCAGCUUUUGUCAGCUAUCUUAAGACAGGUGUGUAGAUUCCAAUGGCUGUGUGUUUCAGGCAAUGUCUAUUGAAAACAACACUCAGCAUAGGAUGUCUCUGGAAUUAGAUAGUCUUGUAGACACAAAAUUUUUAACAGAAAAAUGCUCCAAACUCCUACAACAAGAGAGACCAUAGAAGAACAGUUUAUAAUUUACAAAUUAUAGUUAAUAAUCACAUGCCCUUGAGGUUGCCUUUUUUCUGAUUUUUUUUUUCUCCAGGAAGGCUUUGUCUUCCUUCUCAAGUUUUCUCCUUAUCCUUAAAUUCCUGGGGCAGUGAGGGGGGUUGCUGAGGAAAAGGUCCUGAAGGGCAGAAUUUUUAUUGACUGGGAUAGCCAGAUGUCUACCUCAAUGGGUCCUCACCUGCCCUCUCAGUAACAUAAAUGACUCUUCUGUAUAAAGAGAGGUGGGCAUGUUUUGGACAAAAUCCAAAGGCAUUUGUUUUUGAAAUUGUGUGCCAUUAGCUGGGGGCUUUUGGGUUAAAUACUACAUUGCAGCAGGAAAAAAAAUUGCCAUGGGACAUGUAAGAACUAUCCCAUUUCUGAAUUUUAUUUAAAUCCAAUAGUCUGAUUUUAAGUCCCUGUUUGGUUAGACUGGGGGAAAUUUUUAAUAUCUAUCAUUAUCAGUUUCUCUCCCCUUUCCUACUAGCCUCUAAUAUUCUUACAUAAAGAAAAAAUUUCUCCAAUCUUUGUUCCAAAUGAUUGCCACUUGUGUGUCCAAACUGGAUCCCUGACGUCUAAGGGCCUUCUUACUUCUGGGUAAUGCUUGGCACUGAAAUUGGGCACAAUCUUUUUUUUUUUCCCUUAAGUCUGUCACGUUCCUGGGCACGGUGUGGGUCAUGGGUGCCAACCACUAAAGGAAACUGCAGACUUCUAUUUCUUUUCCUAGUCUUGGGUAAUCUUCACUUCUCUGGUUGUUUCAGCCACCUCUCCACUUCCCUUUUAACCUCACAGUUGCCCUCUUCUCUCUCCACCCUGCACAUCAGAGAGAAGAGAGGUUGUAUUCAAAUAAUCUCAGCAGGCACAGGGACACAUUCCCUUUGACUGGGUGGAAGUAUAAUUCACUUCCCAUUAUUACUGAUUUUUCUAUGGCAGGGAAAACAAAGCAUAAACUAAUAUCUAACAUAGCACAACACAACAUAUCUAAUAUAAUUAGCAUACAAAAACUAAGAUCACUGAGCAGCAUGCUGAUUGAUGGAAGUCUAGGAUUCCUUGAAACUACAGAGUGUGACAUGAGGGGCACAAUGCCAUGAAGAGGGUGUCAGUAAAGGUAAAUAAUUACUUGAACUGGUUUGUUUUUUGCAAGGAUGAGCAAUCAUGCUGGAACAGAAACUAAAUUUUAUAUGCAUGUUUUAGGAAACUGGAUGAACUGGAUCUUCUGUGCAUUCAGGAUAGGCUGAAUAUAGAUUGCAGGACCCAGUGUAAGAUGUAAAUAUGGUGACACUUGUUUCAAAACCAUUCAGAUUUUCAAGAUAGAGAUGGAAGAGCAUUUGACCAAGCACAGAGAACUUCUGAAUCUGAGGCCCUGUGUGAGGACACUGGUUACUUGCCCAUGAAGUUGCCCUUACUUGUGACUAUAAGAUGCAGGAAUAUCAGCUUUGCCUUUCAUAACUUAAAUCUGCAGAUAGGGAACUAGUGGGGAAUUCCAAAGGACAUAUCUAUUAAUAUAGUAAAACUAUGAUUGCAGCCAGGUGUGGUGGUGCACACCUGUAAUUCCAGAGACUUGGGAAGCCAAGGCAGGAGGAUUGCAAGUUCAAGGGCAACAUCAGUAACUUAGUGAGACCUUGUCUCACAAUAAAAAUAAAAAGGGUUGGGGAUGUAGCUCAGUGGUAAAGUGCCCCUGACUUCCAUCGCCAGUACAAAAAAUAAAAAUAAAACAGUUAUGAUUGCUUUCUUGAACAAAAUGAUGUCUCCAGCCUGAACUGAUCUAAGAAUUGGGAUUGUGGUUGAUAUUAAAAACAAAUACUGAGGGAGGAGAGAAGAAAGGGGGAAAUAUGGGGGAAUGAUAUUGACUAAAUUAUAUUGCUAUAUAUAUAUGUACAAAUGAAUCCCACUAUUAUGUAAUAGUGCAUCAAUAAAACUAUGGAAAAAAAUUAAAACUUAGGGGGAAAAACAAUAAUACCAUUGCCAUCAAGACAAAAUGA